UGCGGUGGCGCGGUGCGCGCCGGGAAGGCGGUGGACAGGUAGGGCCUGCGGUGGCGGCGGGAGCCAUGGUCGGUGGCGAGGCGGCCGCCGCGGUGGAGGAACUGGUUUCGGGGGUGAGGCAGGCGGCUGACUUCGCGGAACAGUUCCGCUCCUAUUCGGAGAGCGAGAAGCAAUGGAAAGCCCGGAUGGAGUUCAUCCUGCGCCACCUGCCCGACUAUCGCGACCCACCCGACGGCGGCGGCCGCCUGGACCAGCUGCUGUCCCUCUCCAUGGUCUGGGCCAACCACCUCUUCCUGGGCUGCAGUUACAACAAAGACCUUUUAGACAAGGUGAUGGAAAUGGCGGAUGGGAUUGAAGUGGAAGAUCUGCCACAGUUUACAACCAGAAGUGAAUUAAUGAAAAAGCAUCAAAGCUAAGGUAGAAGAUUUAUCACAUUUUCAUCAUCAGCUACAGGCUCAGAAGAAAGGCUGGGAUAAAUGUGACAUUGACCCCAGCGGCUCUCUCAAGACUCCUGGUAUUACCAACAAAAAGAAGAGAGGCAGUUGGAAUGAAAUGUAAUCUGUCUAGAUUGGCUUUUUAGAAGUUUUUAUUCUUCCAGAACCUAUCAUUGUAAAAGUAUUACAUGAACAGUUUAUGUAUUUAUAAAUCAUGCACUCUAAGAUGAGUUCAUCAACAUUGUGAAAGCCUUCUUUUGUUUUUAAAUGUCAAACUUUUUAUUAAAAAUGCCUUUUUUAAUGUUAAUGUAAUAAUGGCAGGUAAUGAAUUUUACGAUUUGGAUUUUUUAACAAUGUUCUUUUUUAAGUAUGAUUGUUUUAUGCCCCUCCCCCACCCUACCCCGGCAAAAUAGCCUGUAUUCCUUAUUUCUAUCUCAAAUUGAUGCCGUAUAUAUAUCCCUUUCCCACACACACUUGUCUCUUUUUUUUUUUUUUAUGAGAAUAAAAUCAUAGGCCUUGGAGGGUCUCUGAGGUACCUACCGUCUUAGGGGAAGAGGCAGCCUAAUGAAAGUAUCUGGCCUUAUUUUAAAGCUCAUUGACAUGAGAUUCCACAGGUUUGCCCAGGCAGCCAGCUGAUUUGUAGAUUCUCUAGGUCUCCCAGGUUGCUGGGCUAAAGCUCACCUUCCGUUUUUUUUCUAGAGGGAGUCUGAGGCUUGAGUCUUAUAGACUUGAGGAACUGCCUUGGAUGUAGCCCCUCAGGAAAUACUUGUUAUUGGAGUCCUGCUUGUCUCUGAAAUUUUUAUAUUAAUUUCCCCCCUUUUAGUUAGGGUAUCUUUUCUGUACCCCUCCCUGUUCCUUUAUCCUAUUUAGUACCUGCUAUUAAUUGCAUAUCUCCAGGCAUAAAUACUGGGAGAGGGGCUUUCUUUAGCAUCAACAGCCUACCAUCAGCAGGAUUCACUCAUUCAGUGCCAGGCAUUGUGCUUGAUACUGGGGAUAGUGGACAAUAAGACAAUGGACCCUGCUUUAGUGUAACCUACUGGUGAAUAUAGGUAGUUUAACAGACGUGUUGGAGAGGAGAGCCUACUGUGGCAGCACAGUGUCUUGGGCCAGAGAAAUGGAACAAGACUCACCCAUGGCCUGAGGCUAAGGCUGGGCAGCUCCCCUAGAUGGGCCACAUUCCUGCAGCUUCUAACCAGUAGGAUGGACUGAGUGAAACGGCCAAGGAAGGAGUCUGUCUCUGAUCUGUAACUUUGAACAAGCCACUUCUCUUCCCUUGAUCCUUACCUGGAGAAUGGAGAUCAGAGAAAUACCUCUCACAAGGAGCUAUGGCAAGGAUUAAGAGAGUAAAUGUUAGGGGGCCAAGCAUAGUGCUCACUGAGCCUUAGCCUAUUUUUGUCUUCAAACGUACCCCAGCCUCUUUCCAUUUUGAUUUAUCUGUACAAAUUUGUGAGGCUUAAAAAAUUUACAAAGUGGAAAAAUCAGUGUGUGAGUAUUCACUUUGUGUGUGUUAAUCUUCCUAUUUUUAUUUAAUUCAUCCAAUUGUAACUAUGCCUUAAAUUGAGACUUCUAGGUCAGAAGCAAUGGUUGGGUCCCUUGCUCCAGUGAAACUGUUUUUUUCAGAAAUUAGGUUCUAGAGUUUAAUAGCAGAUAAAGGACAUGUGGGAGGAAACAGGAUUAUUCACUUUUAAAAUACAUUUUUCAUUAGGUUUCUCAUCAUGCAUUCUCUUAUUUUCAAGAGAUAAUGGCAAAAAUAUAAAGUAAUGAUAGCCAUUUAGGAAUGCCUCCCUUGCAUAAAGCAAGUUUAAGUUGUGGAGUAAUGUUGUUGUGUGCUGUCUGGUGGAUUGUGACUCAUAGACAGAGUAGAACUGCCCUAUAGGGAUUCCUGGGCUGAAAUCUUUACCGGAGCAGAUUGCCAGGUCUCCUCCCCCACGCUCCCCCCCACCCCAAGAGCAGCUGGUGGGUUUGAACCGCUGACCUUUUGGUUAGCAGCCAAGUGCUUAACAAAUGGUUAACAUUGUGCCCCCAGGGCUCCAUCCCCCACCAAUUUCCUUUAUGGUUUGUGCGUGUGUGAAAAAAUUUUUUAAGUCCAAAUUGAAAAAAUAACAUUCUUCAAAAAGAUUCAGUAUACCGUAUUAGAGACAGAUAAGCUAAUUAUCUGAUAAAAUAUGUGAAGAUGUACCAGGAAUAAUUAGACUGCUUAUAUUGUUUUUAAAUGUUCAGAUAAAUGAUUUAAAGGUUUUUUUUAAAAAAAAUUUUUAUCAUUCACAGGUUCUUUCUUUUUGAAGACUUCUCUAGUUAAUCAAUGUCAAAUUUUGUGAUUCAUUUUCCAGUGAGUUUUCCCUCAGUGUCUUCCUUUUCAUCUUACCUUUACAACCUCUGUGGUUGUCUCACCUAUGAAAUAAACCACUAUUUUAGAAUUUCAUCCUUUGUUUUUCUGAAAGAGAAAGCAGCACAGAAAUUAAAUUUUUGCACUGCAGCACUCGUGUAUAGUGAAAAGGCCACUGUCAGCCUUGGAACAGGAGCUCACACCAGAUAUAAGCUGCAAGAUUCUGGCCUCUUCAUAUGUACAAUCCUGCCCAAGACUUGAGGUGAAGAUCAAGUCUGAUCAUAGGAAGGGACUUGGUGGGGAAGUUAAUGCCAGAAAGAAUGUUUUCUAUUAAUUAGUCUCAGACUUUCUGAAAAGCCAUUACUAACAUUCAGUGUAGUUUAUUUAGGGUGUUCAGUUACCUUAACAGUGAUGCUCUUUCAUGUUAUCCAGGCACUCAGAAAAUUACUUUUUGAAACACUCUUGUCUCUCUGGCCCACCUGACCAAUCCUCUGUAUUAGUAGAGAGAAGGAUUCAGGAUCCAUUCAGACCUAUGGCUUACCUAUAUAUUAACGAUCACUGCUCAUUCUGAUGCUUUGCUAAUCUGUAGUAAGUGGCAGUGAAAAUUCAUCUGAAAUGUGGUUUAUAUUACCCUAAAUGUCAGCUGGGUGUUUCCCAAUUGUCCAGCUCUGAAGAGUGCUGGGUGCCCUAUGUCUGGAAGAAGACUGUCAACUUCUAUUGGUGUCUGAGGCUGUGUGCCCCAUGACAUCUAGUCAUGGCUUUCAUCCUUGACUAGAUAGUGUAGGGACAACUUCUGUAGGAUAAAAGUCAACACAAAUCCUCCAAGGCAAGACAGUCUUAGAACUUACUUUUUGGUCAUAUGGAAAUUGGUUCACUAAACAACUAUUUUGCGUACUUUGUGCCAGGUGCUGUUCUAGGUACUGAGCAUACAGCAGUGAGUAAAAUGGAGGAAAAAUUUUCCCCACAUGGAGUCUGUAUUCUUUUAAUAAAAUCAAGCCAGGUGAGAUUGUUUCUUUUCCAGAUUCACUAUACUCCUUCUAAAGUUGACUCCUGGGGAUAGGUGGUUACAGUGGUUGCUGCCCUUCUCACUUUGGUUUGAAAGGUUUUCUGAUAAUGCCAGCAUUAGGGGCAGGGUUCUUUGCAUGAGUGCCUGUCAGUGAUGGAAGUGAGCUUGAAGCCUUGCCCAUAGACACCCACACACUGAGAGCCAACUGGGUCACUGUUUGUAAGUACUAGUCAGUAUUUUGGUGGUUAACCAUUUAGCCCUUCAUUCAACUAAGGCAACAUUAUAUUGACUGAGUUCCUCCAGGUUUAAUCAUGUAAGUCACUUCUAGUGACUUUAACCUAAUAACAUCAGAAGAUGCCCCAAAUGGCAGAAGGUGCCGUCUCAUCCCAAGGAGGUGAAGCAAAAAGACUCCAUCAACUGUUGACAAAAAUUAAAGUUUCCUCUGAACACAGAUUCUCUUGAAAAUCAAAGAAGAGAGAAUGGAAAUUGAGAUAACCUUAUUAAACUCCCAUUAGAUUUGGUCUUAUUAUUCUAGACCUGGUCAUGUGGGCCAGAGCUGCUUCCUUGGCUGUGCUCUCAGACAAGGGUGUCUCCCUCUUUAGAACUUGACCCAGGGGUUCCAUCCCUCUUUCCCAGCUCAGAAGUGGGCUGAGCAAAAAAGAAAAAGAAAUCCUUCAAUAUGGCCUUCCCUCCCACUUCCUUUGCCUGGGAGAAUGUUGCUGGUAGGGGCCUGAGGCAGGUCUUGGCCCUCCUCUGAUUUACAGUGAAGGGACAAUUAAGGUUAGCCUUGAGCUAUGUGGGUCUAGUGGUUGAAGUCCUCGUUAAAGCCAGCAGCAAAUUCUUAUCUUGUUAGGGCUGCUUUUUUUUUUUCCUCUGACUUUUUUUUAUAGUAAGAAGACUGCUUGUUCCUAGUAGAUGUGAGCUGGUAGAUAACUCUCUUCCUCCUGAGUUACUUCUCCUCAGGGUAGGCAUCUGCAAAGUGGUGAUAAUGAUUCCUACUUCAAUCUUUAUUGGAGGAGUCAGUGGAAAAACAAAGUACCGGCACUUAGUAGGCUCUCAUAACUGCUUCCUCAUUCAUGCCCUAGUAUCCCUUUGAGGCCAAGCUGGGAAAAUAUGAAAAUUCUCCAACUUACUUAAAUUUACACAAAAGGAAAGUGAAUGCCCACAAUUACCCCACUCAACCAGGCUCCAUCCUCAGGGUUGCAAAGGUGGACCUUUUCAGUGCAAGCUGCAGAGCAGGGCCUAAAAGGAACUUGUCACCCAUUAGGUACACAGUAUAUAUGUUGGCUGAAUAAAUGGCAGCAGGCACUGAACAACGCAGCACCAACCAAAUGGCAGGCUCUAGCUGGCAGGUGGGAACAGAACCUCCAGAGAGGGCUGCCAUGAAGAAAUGAGCAACCUCGGCCAGAGCUUGCAUGGCCUGCAUAACCUUCUCCCAUAGCAGGCACCUCAGAACUUGUCUACCACCUGGGUAUACAGCCUGUGGGUAUACUUGUUUUGACACAGGCAUGGCCUUUGCUGUAGCACUGGCACACACAUGGCAAUGCCUCUGCUGCCUAGCCAGGGAAAGGGCUCCUGGAGGCUGUGUGACCAAGUUUGGCCCAGGGUUUUGUCCUAUAAACUGACUAGAUUCCUCAUCAUUCUGUGUAAAUUGUGGGCCCCAGCUGGACCAUCACCUAUGGUUGCCACUUCUCCUUAAACCAGCUGUUCUAAGCCUCCCAGGUGGUGAGACUAUGACUCAUAUUUCCUUCUACCUUCUGUAUUUACCAAAUUAUCUUUUAUGACUAUGUUCUCCUUUUAUAACAAAAAACAGAACUGAUAUUAAAAGUGUCCCCAAAGGCUUAGGAGCUUAGAGCCAGGAGGAGGCCCUUUGCUGUCUUACAUGCCUGGUCCACUGCGCAGGUCUGAGCAUGCACAGCCAAAGGCUGUCUGGAAAGCAGUUCCCAGUCUUGGGCUCUAAGUCUCCAUUUUUGAUGCUUAGAUUGUCUCUUACAGCUUGAUCCUUCAGACUUGGUCUUGAGGGGAUAGCACAGUGAUUGCGGUCUGUUCUCAAGCUGUUCUGUGCAAAAGGAGACCCAGUCCCUAGAGCCGAUGUGUAAGGACUAACACAAGCCAGGAAGGAUAACUUUCUCCCAUAGAUGGGUUCAUCAAACUCACUAUUGCUAGGCCUUGCUGAUCUUCCUGGCUUACAGAUCCUUUGUACCCACCCCUGGGAUUGACUUUGUUUUCACUCUGAAGGCAAUCUUCCUCUUGAUGUUCCUGGGAGUCUCCACUUGCAACCACAGCCUCAUGUGACUGUACAAGAACAGUCCGGUAACCAAAACUCACUGCAACACAGUAAGGUUACCAAUUUAGAUUUUCUUUGGAGGUGAUGUUCCAAGCCUUUAGCCAAAUCUAGUGAUAUGGGUUAUGGAUUCCUUCCUGUUCUUGGCCCAGCAUGGUUAUUAGGCCAAGCAAAAACACAGUUUUCUGCUGGAAGAAGGUAUCCCUCAGAUUUGGAAUGAUACAGUAGGUAAGCAGCUUCCUGUUUUUCUUUGCACCAGCACCAAUGCAAAAAACAAAAUUUCCCAGCUCAGUUUUGUAAAAUAACUUAACACAGAACCCAGCCAAAGAGCAGCAAGCUUCUCUGCAGUUGACGUUCUCCUGUUCAGGAGUGCAGCUAGUCCAAUUCAGCUGGUGAGCUGUGGUAUUCUUGGCAAAAGGCCUUGUUUGUAAAGGAGGAAGAGAAGAGGGCAAGCGUAUCCUUUGGGCUUCGGACAGCAAGAGCAAAACCAACCUUUUGCUCCCCAGAGGUCUGUAUUAAGUGCUCUUACGUUUGCACUUUGGCAGCCUUAAAAAUACCACAGAACUCCUCCUUCACUCCCAAGAAGAAUGACAAGUAACAGACAGCUUCAGGAUGGGAAGGGAUGGCUCAAGCUGAUGGAGUCUUAGGGGAUCCUUUCAGAGAUAGCCUCUGAUCCCCUCUCCACAAGCCCACAACCUAAUGGCACUUUAUGAACCCCAGUCUUC